AGGGAGGGGCUGAGGGAAGGAACCGGGGUGAGAGAGGACCUAGAGAAAUCUCGCGAGAACCACGCAAGGCAACGGCGCAGCAAGAUGGCGGCGCCGGAGACGGAGGUAGUGGUGGCCGCAGCGGCGGCGGCAGGUCCCGCGUCUGGCCCUGAACAGCAAGUGACUAGCAAUGGAACUGCAUCAGGAGGCGAAGGGGUUGCCGACACCCAGCAGCAAAACCAGCCCCAGCAACAAGCUCCAAACGCCUGGCAGGUCAUCAAAGGAGUGUUGUUCAGGAUCUUUAUUAUCUGGGCCAUCAGCAGUUGGUUCCGUCGUGGGCCGGCACCACAGGACCCAACCACUGCUGGCGGGCCACCCCGCGUGCCCAGCCGCAACCUCUUUCCUAAAGACACUUUAAUGGAUCUUCAUGUCUAUAUCUCAGAGCAUGAGCACUUUACAGAUUUCAACGCCACCUCGGCGCUGUAUUGGGAGCAGCGGGAUCUGGUCUACGGGGACUGGAGCAGCGGCGAGAACGCCGAUGGGUGCUAUGAGCACUACGCAGAGCUAGAUAUUCCUGAGAGUGUUCAGCACAACGGUUCCCUUUAUAUCCACGUGUACUUCACGAAGAGCGGGUUCCAUCCUGAUCCGAAACAGAAGAAUCUGUACAGGCGACUUGCCACAGUCCACACAUCACGAAUGAUAAAUAAGUACAAGCGAAGACGAUUCCAGAAAACCAAGAAUCUGCUAACAGGGGAGACGGAAGCAGAUCCCGAAAUGAUAAAAAGAGCUGAAGAUUACGGCCCGGUGGAGGUGAUCUCGCACUGGCACCCAAACCUCACCAUCAACAUUGUGGAUGACCACACGUCCUGGGUAAAGGGCAGCGUUCCUCCACCUCUGGACCAAUAUGUGAAAUUCGAUGCGGUGAGUGGCGACUACUACCCCAUCCUGUACUUCAACGACUACUGGAACUUGCAGAAGGACUACUACCCCAUCAACGAGACCGUGGAGCACUUGCCGUUCCGCCUUUCCUACUGCCCGCUCUCACUGUGGCGGUGGCAGCUUUACGCUGCCCAGAGCACCAAGUCCCCGUGGAACUUCCUGGGGGAGGACUUGUACGAGCAGUCGGACGAGGAGCAGGACUCCGUGAAGGUUGCUCUGUUGGAAACGAAUCCAUACCUGCUGGCUUUGACCAUUGUUGUUUCCAUUGUGCACAGCAUUUUUGAAUUCCUCGCUUUCAAAAAUGAUAUCCAGUUCUGGAAUAGCAGGCAGUCUCUCGAGGGGCUGUCUGUCCGUUCAGUGUUCUUUGGGGUAUUCCAGUCACUCGUGGUCCUUCUCUACAUCCUGGACAACGAAACCAACUUUGUGGUGCAAGUCAGCGUCUUCAUUGGCCUCCUCAUUGAUCUCUGGAAGAUCACAAAAGUGAUGGACGUCAGGCUGGAUCGGGAGAACAAGAUUGCCGGGAUCCUUCCACGCAUAACCUUCAAAGACAAGUCAACCUACAUUGAAUCGUCUACCAAAGUCUAUGAUGACAUGGCUUUCCGGUAUCUCUCCUGGAUCCUCUUCCCGCUGCUCGGCUGCUACGCUGUGUACAGCCUCCUCUACAUGGAGCACAAAGGCUGGUACUCUUGGGUCCUCAGCAUGCUCUACGGAUUCCUCUUGACCUUCGGCUUCAUCACCAUGACACCUCAGCUGUUCAUCAACUACAAGCUGAAGUCGGUCGCCCACCUGCCCUGGAGGAUGCUCACCUACAAAGCCCUCAACACCUUCAUCGACGACCUCUUUGCCUUUGUCAUCAAAAUGCCCAUGAUGUACAGGAUAGGCUGCCUGCGAGAUGAUGUGGUCUUCUUCAUUUACCUCUACCAGAGGUGGAUCUACCGGGUGGACCUGACCCGCGUCAACGAGUUUGGGAUCAGCGGCGAGGCCCCAGCGUCCCAGGCGCCUCAGGGUGUCGCUCAGCAGGACGGUCCCCCGGCAGUACCAGCCAGCACUGCCCUUGCGGCAAUAACGGCCGCGCCAGCCCCUGGAGCCCCCACGGCAGCAACGGAGAAUGUCGCCGACGGCUCUGCCCCUGUCCUCUCAGCAGACGAUGCCCCCGAAGCACCACCAUUGAAAACGGCAGAGGAGAAGAAGAAAGAUUAACCUGCUCUAACUUUAUUUUUUUUAAAAAAAAAACCCUAACUUGACACUCCCGCUGUUGGAUAAUGGACAGAAGGCAAAUGGGUGGGGGGAAAGUGGCUUUAGUCCUGCUGGGCCCAAGGCGUUUUUUAUUUUCUAUUCCAGUCAACUUGGGGCAGGAAGGGGGCGGGGGCGUCCUCAGGGCAGGAGGAGGGAGCGUGAGCGCGCUUGAAAUGCUGGCAAAGUUCAAUGUUGUAUCUGCGGGAGAGAAACCUCACCCCACCCCCACCCACCUCUCCCGUAACUCUGUGUUUAAAGCAAAACUCAAACCAGU